AUGCAGCAGCGCGUGCUGCAGGGCGGCACGAGCGUCGAGAUGCUCGUCUUUUGCCAGGCCGGCUUUGGCACCCUCGCCAUGGGGCUGGUGGCCGGCGCGAGCGACAAGCUGGGGCCGGGCGUAGCGAUGAUGCGGGCCGACCACCGCGUCGCCGGCGCCAUCCUGCUCUGGGCGGUCGCCAUCACCGUCGGCGUCACGCUGGUGAUGCGGCUCGUCGGCGAGUUCUCCGCGGUGACCGCCGUCGCGGUCACCACGGUCCGGAAGGCGGCCACCCUCGCCGCCUCCUACAUCCUCUUCCCGAAGCCGCUCGGCUGGGGGCACGUGGGCGGCGCGGCGCUAGUUUUCGGCUCCGCGUUUGUGAAGCACGCGCUCGGGAGGAGGAAGGCGUGA